UUUACAACUACUUCCUUACUAUCGGAACCAUGUCUACAUCAACUAAAAAGCAGUUCUCGAUCCUGGUUAUCAACCCAAACACAUCCACCCAUAUGACUGAUGCGUUAUGUCCCAUAGUGGAAGAUCUCAAUUACGCCAACAUCCACUUCGACUUCUUCACGGCUCCAAGUCAAUCAGUCACUUUUCCAGACGGGCGUGUCAUUGAUGGCAUCCCCAGCAUCAAUUCAGGCGAAGAUUCCGCCAAGUCGGCUUUACAUUGCAAGCCCUUCGUGGAGCCACUCCUCCCCAAAUACGAUGGGUUUUUGGUGGCAUGCUAUUCGGCUCACCCCCUCGUGGGCAUGAUCAAAGAAGAUCUGGCGAAAAUGGAAGCAACCGAUACUAGAGCCUUGUCAACCGCGCAGUUUAAGAGGAAAUACGUGACGGGAAUAUUUGAAGCCAGUAUUGUGGCGUCUUUGUCUCUGAUCAGCUCCUUUCAACUCACGGGGUCUCAGGACCUCCAGAAAUCCCAAGCAAAGGACACGUUCGGGAUAGUUACUACCGGCAGUAUCUGGAAGGAAGAGCUCGGAAAUGCUGUUGCCCAAAUGCUUGUCGGUUCUGGCGGUCAAAUGGACUCCUUGGGUCGCUUCGCUGGCGUGGAGACCACCGGACUUACCGCCGUGGAACUGCACACCACUGCCCCAGAGGAAGUGAAACGACGGAUCAUAGAAUCCACCGAAAGAUUGAUCAAGAGCACACCCAACCCGCUGUCCGCGAUCUGUAUGGGCUGUGCCGGGAUGGCAGGGAUGGAAGACGCAGUACGAGAAGGUUGUGUCAAGGCAUACGGUGUGCAGCGAGGGAGUCAAGUGAGCAUCGUUGACGGCGUUGUCGCUGGCGCUGGGAUGCUGGUAACGUCGUGUAAAGCACGGUUCUGAGCACCGACUAGUAUGGGCUGUUGCUAUCCACCUGUGGGUUUUGUAUAUAUAGAUACAGCUGAUAUGAGCUGACCCUUAUACUCGAUGUGACCUU